GCCCAACACAGAUGUUUCUUGUUCGCCUUGGCUCUCAGUUUUGAUGCAAGCCUUCAUGUUGCUUUGCACAUUUCCCUGUUGUCCUCCUGUGUAUCUCAAGCUGACAUACUUAUUAGGAGUAACCAAUUACAGGUAGCCAGUUUAUUGUAGGGACAAGCUGCAACAGGCGACCAAGCGUUGAGCACCUGAAUUCGGCGGGAACUGCAGCAGAACGCCGGUGAUCGGCGCCAAUCAGCAGCGUCGCGGAUUUCCAGCCAGGCAAACCCGGGGGCUCAGUAUUCGUUUCCUCAUUUUAACGCUAAAGGAAACGUUGGUCAACACAUAAACCAGUGCUAGAUCACGCUUGGGCCCUCAAAAGGAAAAGCUAUGAGAACCUGGUUUUGUGUUGCUAAUGUUAUUUACGUGUUGGCGUUUUUUUGCCACGCAAAACGGCCUCAAAAAAGCUUGCAACCCCCACCACUAACUGAUCAAAAACCCCUGAAACCGCAGACACCUGAGGAAAAAAUGCAGCUUGUAAAACAGUUGAUCGGAGGAAAAAAGAGGCUUAUCUUAGCCCGUGGAAUGUACUCUCAACCUAAUUAUCCGAUUUGUGUUCGAUCUCAACUCAUUUUUUAUACUGAAGCUACUGGAUAUCGCCACAACUUAUCCUAUUACGAGAAAGACCCAGUGAUGGAAAAGAGAAAAGGACCGCGAAUUGACCGCACUCAGACAUACAUGCAUGUGAGAUCAAGUACCAAGAUGGAACCACUUUUUGUCGUGAAUGCUUACAUGGGGAAUAAGAUACGGGACCCUAAAGUAUCGGGACGGUACACUAUUCUUUAUGCUACCAAAGCCUGUUUCAUCAUAAGUACUGGAGAACAAGCUAAUGCGUCGAAGUCGCAAGGUCAAGGUGUCGCCAUACCCGCAGCUAAUGCGUCGAAGUCGCAAGAUCAAGUUGUUGGCAUACCUGCAGGAGGCACGUUCUCUCACUCUCUCUCAUGCGGUCUGUGGAGGCUUGGAGUGGCUAAUGAAACAGAAAGAAUUCCGUGCAGGAAUGAAUACAGACGUCUGUGCAAGCAAGGUCUAUAUAAAUUUGUGUUUACCGACAUGUGUCGGCUGGCAAAGAAUGUAAAAAUUACUGCGGGGCCAGCUACUCCAAAGGUGAAUUGAAUAAAAUUCUACAUUGGAACU